AUGGCGUGGCAUCGUAAUGCAGCGAAGGAAAGAAAUCCACAAGUGGCUAAAGUGAUUCAAGUGCCAGCCGGAUCAAACUACCACCCUUUUCAACGUGCUCUACUAUCCAUAGGGUUUACGGAAAUAUCUGAGAGGAUUUUUAUGCCCUGUCUGACAGGGACAUUUUCAAACUUUUUUGAGGAAGAAAUCCAAAAGUGCGUGGAGUGUCCUCCUGGUGGAUUUUACUCAGAUACACUUGGCUACGUGGCAGAAGGCUGUAAAAAAUGUCCCAAAGGUUCCUAUGUCGCUUACAACAAAAGGCCAGGAAAAUCAGUUUUAGAUUGCAAGGCAUGUCCCCUCGGUAAAGAAAAUGAUGUCAAUUAUGUUGGAACGGAAAGUGACUUUUUCGCUGGAUAUCGUGCUUGUCAGUGUUUGAAAGAACACUAUCGAACCCAUCUAUUUCACGGAUGUUACAAAUGUAACCAGAAAAGUGGACUGAUAUGUCAGGAUGAUUAUGCUUCAUUGAAACGUGGUCAUUGGUGGCACUGGCGUAACGAAUCGUACAAAUAUCGCUACAAAGAUUUCAUAAAGAAUCUUUUGGCGUCAUUACCAGCUCUCGAUGAAUUCUCCGUGCAGUAUCCUCAUCCGAUUCCGACGCCGUAUAAGUGUCCAGUGGAAGACUCCUGCAAAGGUGGUUUGGAUUCAGAAUGCGCACUUGGAUACGAGGGCCCUCUUUGUGCAGUUUGCAGCUCAGGAUACUACAAGCAGUUAAAACCCUGCAUCAAAUGUCCUUCAAAGCCGUGGAUUGUGGGACAGAUGUCGGUGAUUGCUGCGAUAGUAUUUUUAAUAAUUGCUUUUGCCGUGUGGAAGAGAAGGCAGAAGAGUGGGAGGACAAGAGGACAAUUUUUAAUAGACACGAUCCUGUCCAAACUAAAGAUCGUCAUCGGCUUUUAUCAGGUUACGCAUGGCCUGCUCGAAGCAUUUUCUUAUAUUAAAUGGCCAGAUUCGCUUCAGGAUGUAGCAAAGUAUUCGGGGAUACUGCAAAUGAAUUUUCUUCAGGUUUCUCCUAUUCAUUGUCUUUCCUCAGGAUUGUCGAUGAACGCCUUCGGAGAUCUGUCAUUAAUUCUUUCAAUUAAUGCCACUGUCAUCGCCCUAUCUUUUCUGGUUUAUGGUUUUCGUAAAGUAUGUAUCAUCAGAAACGGAAGCUUGGAAAAUGAAGAACGGCUGAACAAGAUAUCACAGACCAAAGAACUUGUGUGCAGAAAUUUGUUUUUCUUCCUAUAUGUUACUUACCUGAGUACUUGCACAAAGACAGCUAAUGUUUUACCAUUCGCGUGCAGGAAACUCUGCAGCGAUGAAAAUGAAGAUUCAUGCAACGAAUACCUAAAAGCCGACUACAGCAUCAAGUGUCAUGGACCAAUGUAUAGCCAAUUCGAAACUGUUGCCUACAUUUCAACUGCUUACAUCUUUGCAUUACCAACCGCCUCACUCAUCGCUCUUUGGAGACAUCGAAAAGCACUACUGACAUCAACAGCUGGUGAACCGGCCUAUGAUUCAGAGGCAGUUGCAGGAUUGCGCUUCCUUUUCGAAAACUAUAAAUCUCGUUCGUGGUAUUGGGAACUAGUCGAAACGUCGCGCAAAAUAAUCCUUACAUCAGUCCUCAUCCUAGUGGGACAAGAGAGCAGGUCGUACAUUGGCUUGGCAUGGGUCGUCGCCGGAAUGUACGGAGUCCUUUUCUCCUGGAUUAAACCCAUACAGGACUCGUUCGAAAACAGGUUGAUGACGACGUCCCUCGCCGUCACCGUUGUGAAUUUGGGUGUGGGAGCAGUGAGCAGGAUUCCGGUUGAGAAUGUUUCAAAGGAUUUCGACAUAAACACUGAUACCCUGGCAAUGAAGAUCUUGAUACUUGGAGCGAAUUCUCUCGUCCUUGGUCUUCUUGUUGUCCAGUAUUUGGUAUAUUUGCACCAGUACUUCAAUGAAUGGCGAAAAAACCCGCAAUGGUCUUUCUCGUGCUGCCUGGCUCUGCUUCUUCCUCUAAAUGACAUGCAGGGAGACGUUCAAGGUGUGGUUGGUACGAAUAUCCUUGACAACCAGUUAGAAACAGGAAUGAUGGACAAACCGUCCAUUGCUGAUUGCGUUCAAGAUAGCGGAGCUCUAAGUUUCGCUCUAGCCCCUGCAGAAGGCGAAGGCGAUGAUGUUGCUCAUUUGGAAUCACAGGAGCAAAUCCGUAUUGGUGCGAGUAAGCGUACCCUGGUAAAAUCUAAUCGUGGGACACAAACGGACUUGUUUAUGCCAUCAGCGUAUGUUGUCGCUGCACAACAAUCAUUUGAGGACACGUAUAUGUGGUAG